GGGUUUGGAGGCUGCGUCGGGGUAGAAGUCCUGGCUCUCGAAUCCGACUCUCUCUUUCUCCCUAGCUUCUGCUGCAGGGACUGUGCGUCUGCGGACUUGCUGCUGCUAUGGGUCGCGUUAUUAGGGCACAGAGAAAGGGAGCGGGGUCUAUCUUUCGGAGUCACACCCACCGGCGCAAGGGCCCUGCCCAGUUCCGCUCGCUCGACUACGCCGAGCGCAAUGGUUACAUCAAGGGUGUGGUGUCGGAGGUGGUGCACGACUCCGGUCGCGGCGCUCCCCUGUGCAAGGUUACCUUCCGUCACCCCUUCCGCUUCAAAAGACAGAAGGAGAGGUUUAUUGCCGCGGAGGGCAUGUACUCCGGCCAAUUCGUGUACUGCGGGAAGAAGGCCACUCUCUCAAUCGGGAACGUGUUGCCCCUGAGGUCCGUGCCCGAGGGAGCCGUGGUGUGCAACGUGGAGCACCGCAUGGGGGAUCGGGGCGCGUUCGCCAGGGCGUCCGGGGACUACGCCAUCGUGGUGUCGCACAACGUGGACAGCGGAACCACCAGAAUCAAGUUGCCAUCUGGAGCCAAGAAGGUGGUGCCGAGCGGUUGCCGAGCCAUGGUAGGGCAAGUGGCCGGUGGAGGCAGGACCGAGAAGCCGAUGCUGAAGGCUGGAAACGCAUACCACAAGUACAAGGUGAAGAGGAACAGCUGGCCGAAGGUGAGAGGUGUGGCCAUGAACCCCGUGGAGCAUCCCCACGGAGGAGGUAAUCACCAGCACAUCGGUCACGCGAGUACGGUGCGUCGGGACGCUCCUCCCGGACAGAAGGUGGGUCUCAUUGCUGCCAGGCGUACCGGACGUCUGCGUGGGCAAGCCGCGACGGCGGCAUCGAAGGUGGACAAGGCCUAGAGGAAUGGCGGUCGGAGACGGCGAUUGCCCGGAGGCAGCUAGGUGUAGUAGAGAAGGAGAGGUGGUGGCACUCGGGCGAGUGGCAUUUGAGCGGACUGGGGAUGGUUAUUUUGUCAUGUAUGUUCACAUUUGGAUUAAUAGAGUGAUGGAGACCAUUGUUCGAACGUA